AAGACAGCUCGCUGGGCGCUGCGUAGCGAGCGGGCCGUGCCCCCUGCCCCAUUGGCCAGGGAGACCGCCACGCGCUGCCCCUCCCGCCAAUCACCGCCCUGGCCCUGUUGUCGCCCGCUCUCCUCCCCGUGUGUGGAGACUGCACGUCGCGCCUCGCUCGGUGGGUGACGUCGUUACGCUGGGAAAGGCGGGCGCCGGCCUGCUGCUGCUGGGAGGUCGCGGCGGAGGAGGACCGUGACGUGAUCCGGCCCCGCUGUUGCUGCUGGGGUGAUUCUGCUUUCCCGCCAGAGGAUGUGCGGAGGACAGUGACCGCGGCCGGCAGGCAACAGCUAUUGGGGAUCCUGACUUCCAUAGACUGGCAUUGGUGGAGGUGGCAACAGGAAGAUGCCAGGAGUUACUCAGUGUGAAAGUCAAACUGUGCUGGCUAAGGCCAGCCCCACCAGAAAGAGCCGCUUAUCUCUACGAUUCUUCCAGAAGAAAGAAGCUAAAAGAGCUUUGGACUUUGCUGAGACGACACAAACCGAAGAACAAAAUGUAGAAGAGAAGGAACCAGAAAUUUGUGAUCAAGUUGUUCCUACUCCAGAGUUGCCGCCAUCGGCCUGUUGUGUGAAGAAGGAAAACCUGGUUCCCUUUGUAGGGUUUAAUAAUCUAGGCAACACCUGUUACCUUAAUAGCAUACUUCAGGUUUUAUGCUACUGUCCAGGAUUUAAAAGAGGUGUAAAAAAACUCAGUGAUGUUAUUUGUAAGAAGAGGGAGACCGUUAAAGACAAAGAACCCGCAUUGGAAAAGGACAGUGCGAAGGAAGACUUACCUGCAAGUUACGAGGUCAUCUGCAGUUUGAGCACUUUGAUUCAUUCCGCCGAACAUCUCCAACUCGGCUUUCUCCUAAAUCCAGAGAGCUACGAUACUGAACUCGCUGCACAGCCGAGAAAGCUCCUGAACACGCUGAGAGAACUCAAUCCUAUGUAUGAAGGAUAUCUUCAGCAUGAUGCACAGGAAGUUUUACAGUGUAUACUGGGGAACAUACAGGAAGCCUGCCAGGCUCUCGGAAAGGAGACAAAGUGCUCACUAGUGAAUGAAACAGAACCGCAGCAUGAAAACAAAGAUCCCAGUGGUUGCGAGGUUGGAGCUGUCGUUUCCGGCAAACCUCAAGAUGGGUCUCCAGAGUCUCCGAAUGAAAACGGCAAACGCAAAAGUGAUAAUGAGGUUGGGAAUGUCAAGAAAAGAACAAAGCUUACUAAAGAUCCCCCAGUUGAGGAGUGCAGGAUAACCAGAUCAAAACGGAAACCGGUUCCAGAGAAGCCAGAUGAGAAAGCGGGUCCUAAAACCAGCACAGACAAUGGUCCCUCCAAUCCUUCACAUAAGAAAUCUAGGUUACGUCUCAGCUGGCUAAAAUCAACAAAACAACCAAGUAUUUUGUCAAAGUUCCGCCGCUUGAGUAAAACUGACAGUUCAUCAUCGAAAUGUUCCCCAACCGACCUAGAGACCCCCAUCUUAAAGACCGAGUCAGACAAAUCGGUGAAUGAGGAGCCUGUAAAGGAAAACGUCAGCGGCAAGUCUUCUGGAGCUGAAGAUUCUGAGAAGUCACAGAAUGAGUCAAUUGGGUUUGAACUGGUGGAGAAAUUAUUCCAGGGCCAGCUGGUGCUGCGGACCCGGUGUCUGGAGUGUGAGUGUUUCACAGAGCGGAGAGAGGACUUCCAGGACAUCAGUGUACCUGUGCAAGAAAGUGACCCCCCAAGACCAGAGGAGGACUCUGACAUUUCUCCUGAUCCUAGAAUGGAUAUAAAGACUUUGAAAUGGGCAAUAUCCCAGUUUGCAUCGGUGGAGAGAAUAGUUGGAGAGGACAAAUAUUUCUGUGAGAAUUGCCACCAUUAUGCAGAAGCGGAGAGAAGCCUUUUGUUUGAUAAGAUCCCAGAAAUUGUAACCAUUCAUUUAAAGUGCUUUGCUGCAAACAACUCGGAGUUUGACUGUUAUGGAGGACUCUCCAAAGUAAACACUCCCUUGUUAACGCCGUUACAGUUGUCCCUUGAGGAAUGGAGCACCAAGCCAUCCUCGGACCUUUACGGUCUUUUUGCAGUGGUCAUGCACAGUGGAGUGACCAUAAGCAGUGGACACUAUACAGCGUAUGUUAAACUUGGUAACCUCAGUAAUCUUGAACUUGACCAGGUGAAAGCUCCUGUAGACCCUCAUGGCAUAGUUAAAACUGAGCCAUUAACGGAAGAGGAAGCCCGAACUUCUGAUGAAAGCUAUGACCCUGAAGUCUCCUUUCGAAAUGGUGCAAAUGUGGCGUCUAACACCAAAGGUAACAAGAAGACUGACACGGUGGGUCUCCUGGGUGGGCAAAAAAAUAAAUCUGAUUUUGAGCAGCUGCCUGCACCCAAAACGCCAAAAGCCGAGACUGUUCCAAGCACUACUGUAGAAGAUAAAGGUUUAUCGGCCACCAGCCUCGAGAACAAUUCUGAACCCGACCAAAAAGGGCAAGUUUCUGCUGAUAAUCUUGACUCUAAGUCUAUUCUGUAUGUGUUGCAAAGUCUGAAGGAAUACGAGGGGAAAUGGCUUCUAUUUGAUGAUUCUGAGGUUAAAGUAACAGAGGAAAGAGACUUCUUGUCCACAAUUUCCCCAAGUACUCAGUCCACGUCCACUCCCUAUCUGCUAUUCUACAAAAGAAUAGUAGACUAGAAGCUACAGUAUGCUACCUGUAUAAUAUGUAAAGUAAAAAAAGUCUUCCCAAUCUGCAGCUACCAGAAUGAUACUGGUAUCAUGUGUGUGUAUAUAAUCUUAAUCCUGUUGUCAACAAGUCACAUAUUUACCACAAACUGGUGCUUCUAGUAGAGAUUUGUUUUGUGUGUGUAUAUAUAGAUUCUCUUGUACAUUUCAUUCCAGCACAGGCACUUAUUACACUUGCCAAUUUCAAUAUAUAUUUUUAAAUAAAGUUUCUUGAUACAUUUCCUAAA